AGCUCACGUGGGAAAACUUGAACAGUGAGACAAAAACCAGCAGAAAGCGUAACGGAGCCGCGUCGAACACUUUAGCGAUGAAGCGGUCACUGCGUGCGCUGGAGACGUUGCAGGCGUCUCUCAGCAGCACGAGCGGCAAUGCCCCCGGCAGCAACGCACACAGUCUCUUCGAAGGACACCGCUUGAAGGAAGCCACCCGCGAACACCAACUCGCCAAGCUUUCUCCGUACAAGCGAGCCGAGUAUGUGUGUCUGGAGUGCGUCGCCGAGCUGCGUGACGCCCUCCGGGACGUAGAGGAAAUCCAGUACACGCUCAGCGGAGACACGACAAGCACCUCCGGCGGUCGGUACGGCCCUCUUUUGCCGACGUCCACCUCCCGCGAGGAGCGAGAAGAGUCGGAAGGCGAGGCAGCCGGUGCGAGCGACGUCGACGAUGAACGGGCACAGUUGCUGGGUGGCCGAAGCCAUCCUCCGUCACGGCCUCGACGGCAGCCUCCCGCACGACGCACCGGUGAGGCUGCGCUGCUGGAGCAGGAGCUGCUGCGCGCACGGCAACACGCACGUCGCGCACACCAGCGGCUUCAACAGCUUCAACGCGAGGCCGCCCGUCUCGCCAAGUCGUCUUCGAGCGUGAGCGGGGGCGCGGCGGACACGAGCGUGGAGGCGGCGGUGCCUUCAUCCUCUACCGCCGCGCUCGACGCUCUGGACUGGCAGCGCGCGGAACGGCACGUGGAGGUGGCGAAGUUGUGGUACCGAGCCGUGUUCGGCAUUAGCGUUGUGUCAUCAUUGGCCACCCCAGCCGCGUCGUCAUCGCUGCAGCUGAACCAGCCGGCCCAGCCGCGGCAAUCGGUGGGGAGCAUGUCGUACUUUGGCAGUGGCGCCAAUCCGCUUCCCAGUGGCGUGGUGGCGACAGAGAGGGAGGUGGAAGGCGGCAACGGCAGCGGUAAUGGUGCGACCGGGAGACACGGCGCCGAUCGGGAAGCGCCCGCGAGUACGGGUAAUUGGAACUACCCCAGCAACCACGACAAUCGUGACGGCGACGGCGGGGAGGCGUUGGCGCCGCCACCGCUGCAGGCGCUGCAGCUCCGCAACGCACGCGAGGAUGCGGAGUUUCAAGAGUUCUUUGCGUCGGUGCAGGCGAAUGAUGAGCUCAUGGAUGCCGCGCUGGACCGACUAGGUGGUGGCCUCGCGCGUUUGCUCGACGGCGCACGUGGGAUGCAGGAUGAGCUGACGGUGCAGGAGCACCUGCUGCAGGGCACGUCGACGCGCAUCGACGAGAACGAGGCGGAAAUAGCGCAUAUGAACCGCCGCCUGCGCCGAGCCAUUCAGGAGAUGAACGACUCCUCCAUUUGCGUUUAUGUGGCGUGCCUGCUGGUGCUUUUGCUCGUCUUGGGUGUCCUUUUGCGGAUUGUGAAGUGA